AUGCGUUUCUUCACUGCUGCCCUCGCCCUCGUGGCCCCCUUGGUUGUCUCCGCCAUCGAGUUCACCAGCCCUUCUUUGAACUCCACCGUCACCAAGGGCACCAAGUACGAGUUGAGCUGGAACACCGUCGAUACCGAUCCCUCCAUCUUCAGUGUCUACCUCGUCAACUUCGUCAACUGGCCUCCUUCUUACACUCUUUUGGCUCAAAACAUUGAGACCUCCGCCGGUGCCGCCUCCGUCCAGAUCCCCUGCUCUGCUGCCAACUCUGGUGGUUACCAAUUCAAUGCCAUCAACGGCACCAACGUCUACGUGAUCUACGCUCAGACGCCCAAGUUCGCCAUCAGCGGCGCCGACUGCACCGAUCCCACCCCGAUCCCGGCCGAGCCCUCCGUUUGUGCGCCGCCGGCCACCGUCACUGUCACGGCUACAAUCACCCCGUAA